AACAGACGGGCAAAGAUAAGUUCUCAUUCUUGGAAUUUUGAAAUUUCCAAUCCCAGUUCUCAUCUUCACCCACGAAUUCUGAAAAGCAUUUCAAAUUCGGAAAAGCCGAAAUCGAUUUCAAGAAACUCUUCCGAAAUUCACCCUUGCGAAAUUCAGAAAAACCUGAAAUCCCUCUCGAAUCUCCUAAAACCCUGAAAUCCUUUUUGAUUCAACGGAAAUGGACUACAUAGGUCCAUCGGGGAUGCUUUUGAAGGAAGAGGUAGUCAAAAUGAUAAUUCAGUUUCUCAAGGAUUUCAACUUUACGGCCUCCGCUAAAGCGCUUGAAGUGGAGUCUGGCAUUCCGAGUGCGUCUUCUUCUACUGAAUAUGGGGCGCUCGAACAAUUCAUCAUGAAAGGGGAUUUUGAGCAGGGCAUUUCUGUUCUUACAAGAAUCAGAAAUCUCUUCCGGACACCAGAAAGAUUUUCCCAGGCUCUUAAAGCGAUUAUUGCCCAAUCAUUGAAAGAGCACGUGUUCAGGGGAGAUCUUGGCGGGGCUCUCAGUCUUGCCAGGACGGAUUUCACAAAUCUUGGGUUGGAGAAACCCGACUGUGCGGAUUUGGCAAAGCUUCUGAUGGAAUUGCAGGGUGGGCACGUGGGCCAAGAUGAAUUAAAUAGUAUGCGGGGUUAUGUUCUGGAAGUGCUGAAUGGAUUGUUGCGGUUACCACAUGACAGACUUCUUACUAUUCUGGAAGAGAAUAUAAUCAGUCAACAAAGGCAUUGCCUUUUCCACAACCUGGUCGAGGGUCAGAUUUCUCUCUACGAAGAUCAUCUGUGUGGGAAAGAGAACCUACCUGCCACCACGGUUCAGUGUUUGAGGGACCACGAGUGCGACGUGUGGUUUGUCAAGUUUUCGAAUAGUGGUAAAUACUUGGUGUCAGGCUCUGGGGAUCUAACAGCCAUAAUCUGGGAGGUAAAUUUGGAUGAAGGUUUUAAGCCAGUACAUGUGCUGAGAGGGCACGAAGGCGGCGUGGUUUUUGCGUGUUGGAGCAGCGAUGAUAUGUUGCUGGCCACGUUUGGUGAUCACGAAGUGGGGAGAGUGUGGGAGGUUUCCACGGGAGAGUGUGUUGCUGCACUGUCAAGGAGAACUCCUCUGCUGGGGUUGGGAUGCUGGAAGCCAUCUGAGGACAUUGUGUUCUUUGCGAGUGCAGAAGACAUAUACUCUUAUGAUGGAAGGCAAGGAGGGGUGAGGCACUGGAGAAGGAACAGGUGGGGGGUGCUGAGGGGGGUCGCAGUUACGGCUGAUGGGAGGAAUCUGAUAUGUGGGUUUGAACCGGAUUUGAUAUUGAUCUGGGAUCUUUGGGACCCGGAGGUUGGUUACAGGCAGCUAAAUUUGAAAGGAAAACGGGUGUUGCGCUCUAUCUGUUUGUCACAAGAAAGUGGGGAGUUGCUAGUGAACCUGAAUAGCCAGGAGGAGUUGGUCGCUGAGCUGGUUGUAUUGGACAUCAGUCGGGAGAUGAGGGAGGUAAAGAGAUACACGUGUCAUGAGAGUCGUCGAGGAGGGGUGAUGAGUCCAUGUUUUGGCGGUUUUUUGUCAAGAUUCAUUGAUAGUGGAAGCUUCAAUGGGAAAGUGUAUAUUUGGAGCCGCGAGUAUCAUGAACCCGUUGAGGUUUUGUCCGGGCACACGGAUGAUGUUCUCAGUGUCACUUGGAACCCGAAGGUGCCCACAAUGUUGGCAUCCGGGAGUGAUGACGGCUGUGUCGAAAUUUGGGGACCGGCGGCACCUAGAAGGGAGAGGAAAAGAUCAUCUGCUGCAACAGCACCCGAUUCCUGAUACACUUGUGAGUAAUAUGAUUCAGUUCUGUUUUUGUUUUGUUUAAAUGCUAGAUGUUUUGUGGGUGGUGGAACUAUAAUGCUCUGCUGUGUGAAGUUGGGAGAGAUGAUGUCUCUGAGUUGGUGGUCUCUCUGGUGGUGCUGAUAUAACUACUGAUAGUAUAAUGCUGUUGGUUUGUGGUAGGUGAGUUUUGGUAAGUGAAAAACAGGAUGCUUUCAUUCUUAGUUUGAGUUAGUGAUAAAAGGAUGUUUUCAUUUUUUGAAAAAAUUGGUUUGUGGGGAGAUGCUCCCACAGUGUAUUGCAGCAGUUUCUG